UUUUUGAAACACAACACGGAAGGAAGAUUGUUGUUGAGUGGAACAGAAGUGUUUACGAGUUCAGAAAGAACCUUAUCGCCAAGACGCAGAGAGAGAAAACUCUGCCAUUUACUGUAACGUUUCAAUGGAUGUAAAAGAGGAGACACGUGAGGCUGACCUGAAUAUCAUGGAGGAGAGGACCGUAAAUGUUAAGGAGGAGGACUGUGAGUGGCAGAGUGUUCACCCUAAACAGGAGAGUCUGGACAUUAAGGAAGAGGACAGUGAACUGUGGUCAGUGAGUAUUAAAGAUGAGUGUGUCAGCACUGAGGUGGCCAGCUAUAGGAGUAUGGAGAGUGUCAAGGAAGAUGACCUUCAUUAUGGAGAUCAAGAUAUAGCAGUGACUGAGUUAGUCUCUUCUCAUAGCAGACACUCGUCAUCUCCAGAGUCUUCUAUUAAUGUAAAAUAUGAAUCAUUACAUUCUGACACAAAGGGAACUGAAGGAAUUUCUGUUUCUAGAACUGAGGAAGGUCAGACACCACCUAAGAUGUCAUCUAAAACAAGAAUGAAACUCCAAUGCUGUUCUGAAUGUGGUAAACAAUUUUCUGACAUGAGCAAUCUUCAGAGCCACAAAAGAAUGCAUGCAGGAGAGAAACCGAAUGGCUGUAAUAAAUGUGGCAAACACUUUUCAAAAAGAAGUCAUCUCCAGAGUCACCAAAGACUUCACACAGGAGAAAAGCCAUAUUGCUGUCCUGAAUGUGGCAAAAAGUUUUCACGCAGAAACCAUCUUCAGCGCCACAAAAGAAUUCACUCGGGAGAGAAGCCGUAUUGCUGUUUGGAGUGUGGCAAGCAGUUUUCACAAAGAUGCCAUCUUCAGACCCACCAAAGAAUUCACACAGGAGAGAAGCCAUAUUGCUGUUCUGACUGUGGUAAACAAUUCUUGCACAACAACAGUCUGCUGGUGCAUAUUAAAACUCACUCAGGAGAGAAGCCAUAUUGCUGCUCUGAAUGUGGCAAACAGUUUUCACAGAAAAACAACCUUUCGGAUCACAAAAGAAUUCACACAGGACAGAAGCAGUUUGGCUGUAAUAAAUGUGGCAAACACUUUUCAAAAAGACAUACGCUUCAGAUCCACGAAAGAAUUCACACAGGGGAGAAGCCAUAUUGUUGCCCUGAAUGUGGAAAACAAUUCUCUCAGAGCAGUACUCUCCAGAUCCACAUUACAACUCACACAGGAGAGAAGCCAUAUUGCUGUUUGGAGUGUGGCAAACAUUUUUCACAAAGAUGCCAUCUUCAGAACCACCAAAGAAUUCACACUGGGGAGAAGCCGUAUUGCUGUUCUGAAUGUGGAAAACAGUUUUCACGUAGAGACAAUCUUGAGUGCCACAAAAGAAUUCACACAAGAGAGAAGUGUUUGGAUUAGACAAACACACCAAUGUGGCAUUCAUUAAUGGAAAAUUGAAAUCAACCUUGUGGAAUAAGAGAACUUGACCAAGAGGAGACUUUAGAAAUACUUGGGAAUUGGUGAGGGUGCAGACAUAAACCAUAAAGAGAAGAGACUGAAGAUCAGUAGUGAAUACACAAGAAGGGUAAAGAUGAUCCUUAGAUGUUCCUUUUCAGUGAGAAACAAAAUACAAGUAGUUAAUCAGCCAGUAAAACAUGACAUAUCUCAUACUGGGAUUGCAGACUGUACACAGUCUAGAUGUAAACACAAAGUUGCUCCAUGCCAACCAACUGAUGAACAAAAACCAAUUGAUGCCAAGACUUUACCUUCGUAGGGCAAAAGGAGCAGUAGCCCUGACAGAAGUAGAUUCCACAUGCAGAGCUUCAAUCAUAGGACUGCCAGUAUUCCUUCUCGACUCACAGGAUUACCACAUUUGUAAAAUACUACAGACUGAACUGGAAAGCCAAGAUCAGCCUCCAUCAUAAAGGUUGGUGUGGGAAUCCCCAGAGGUUUGCAUAGAGUGAGGCAACACAAUUUAAUGAAAAAGCAGAAAGAAGAAAAUAAGAAGGUAGGCCAAGAGAGGAGUAAAAACAACUGGAGAAGCCAUCAAAUGCAGUGGAAAAUGCACAGAUCUUCUACUAUAGUUUCAUGUGGACCAAAACCUGACUCCUCAGUGGCUCAGGAUGGGGUAAAUGAGUAUGCAGGCAUGAAUGCUUGCCAAUGGCCACUUAAGAUUUUGGAUUACUUACAAGUUUGGUUGCAACAUGCUUUGACAGAAAUGGGAAAAGCAACCAAUGUAGGUUUUGCAGUUCUGAACCUUACAGCGAGAUUUGACACACUCCUGUCUGAAAUCUUAUUCAUGGAAAGACACAACUGCUUUAUUUGAAACUGAUGAUAGCCCAGUUCCAGAAAGAAUCAUUGAAAACGAAGACGUGUGCAUCACCUGGGGUACACCAGUCCAAACUUUCAGAACGUUCUCGGCUAGAAAACCCAAUAUUGUAGUUAAGGAGAAACCUUCAGAAAAUGACAUCUCCGUGCCUCGAACAGAGAGAGAAAAUGUAAUAAAAUAUCACAAGAUACAAUCAGAAGUGAGGACCCAGAUGUGAAAUUUAUUAAAAAAAGAACUGAAAUUAUCGCAGUGUUCUUUGGAUCACUGGCUUGCUAAAAAGACCAUUGAAGCCGAUUUAGACAUCCUACCCUUCAAAGUUACAUCCUACGAGCUCCAAAAGGAUGCGCAUUCAGGAGCAAUGCAAGACUUGCAAAGAGGCCUAAAAGAAUAAACAAAGGAUUCAAGAGUGAUGUUCAUGAUAAUAAUGGAGCAAUCAACCCAAGAGAGAAAAAUCUUAUUGUUGCGAAUGUCGGAAACAAUUCUGUCACAAGAGGCGUCUUCAGGGCCACAAACACUUUCACACAGGAGAGAAGAAACACAAUCUGAGAUGAGCCAGGUGUGGAAUAAAACUUCUGAGACUGUGUCAGUGGUUCUGGUACUAACAGUCCUUAUAAAAACAAAA